CCUUUCAUCUUCUCCUUUCGUCGUUGCUGUCCGGCUCCGUUGCUUUCGCAGGAGGUGUAGGGAUUGCAGGCGUCACUUCUUCGGCUCCUUCGUGGCUGUUCGAGUUCGCUCCUGCGACGACUUCAUCGGAAGUUACGACAUUUUGAUCGGAAGCAAGAACGGGAGCUCGCUGGCUGUGAAGUUUCCUUCUACUGAUACAGCAUUGUAAGAGUGGAACGAAAGGAAAAGAGGAGAUGAGAGAGAGACACGUGGCUAUGAAGGAACAAUGACUGGAGGGUCAUUGGGUCUUCGCACGGGGAGUUAUGGAUCAUUGCAACCGCAGCUACAGAACGGUGUUGCAUUGCCAAUUCAAUCGACUUCGGUCUCUGCACGAAAACCUCCUAAGAUGCUCCCUCUUGGAUCAAGAGAAAAGGAGAAAAUUAUCCUGCCAUGGAUCUGCAAGUUCUGUGGUAAGAGGAAGGUUGGAAUGCUACUUCUCCUCAUAGCGUCAGUUGCAGUUUUCUUGUCAUUCAUUUCCGUUCUCAAUAAAGAUGAUGAUGCAUCUUCAGGUCUUGAGACUAAUCUUUUUUCAUCGGAUAAUGUCUGGACUAUCACGAACCAUGACAUAAAAUCACCAUACACUUUGGGUAGCCCUUUGGCUUCAGUAAAUAAUGAUAUGGACAACAUAUCAUCAUCUGGAUCUCAGUUUCCUGUUCCAAUGUUUUCUCCUAGCAUUCUUCCUGUGCGACAUCCUUGUGAGAAUAUUUCCCUUUAUCCUGUACAAAUUGACAGAAAACGUACGGGCCCACGCCCAUGCCCGGUCUGUUAUGUCCCUGUUGAGCAAGCUGCGUUCUACAUGCCAGCUUUUCCAUCAAAGUCACCUAUCCUAAAGAAUUUAACUUAUGUUGUUGAAGAAAAUUCAUUUUCUAAUGAGUCCAGUGGUGGCUUUAUUUUUGGAGGACACCCAUCAUUAAGCCAGAGAAAUGAUUCUUUUGAUAUUAAGGAAUCAAUGACUGUGCACUGUGGAUUUGUCGGUGGCAAGAAACCGGGGCAAGGAACUGGAUUUGACAUUGAUGACGACGAUCUUCUAGAGAUGGAUAAAUGCCACGGCGUAGUUGUAGCCUCAGCAAUAUUUGGAAAAUAUGAUGUAAUGCAACAACCAAAAAACAUCAGUGAAGUUUCAAAGAGAUCAGUUUGCUUUUAUAUGUUUCUUGAUGAAGAAACGGAAGCCUACAUAAAAAACUUUAGUAGCGUGGACAGUACAAAAAGAGUGGGACUAUGGAGAAUUGUAGUUGUCCGGAACCUCCCUUAUGAAGAUGCUAGACGUAAUGGAAAGGUGCCAAAGUUAUUACUUCAUAGACUUUUUCCAAAUGCUCGAUUUUCUCUUUGGGUAGAUGGGAAACUGGAGCUUGUUGUUGAUCCAUAUCAAGUCCUGGAAAGGUUCUUAUGGCGGAGGAAUGCCAGUUUUGCUAUAUCUAGGCACUACAAACGCUUUGAUGUUUUUGAGGAAGCAGAGGCCAACAAAGCAGCAGGAAAGUAUGACAAUGCUUCUAUUGAUUAUCAAAUAGAAUUCUAUAAGAGAGAAGGCCUGACUCGUUAUUCAGAGCUAAAACUCCCCAUUACCAGUGAUGUCCCUGAAGGCUGUGUCAUCAUCAGAGAACAUAUUCCAAUAACCAAUCUCUUCACCUGCAUCUGGUUUAAUGAAGUAGAUCGUUUCACUUCCAGAGACCAACUCAGUUUUAGCACUGUUAGGGAUAAAAUAAUGCUGAAAGUAAAUUGGACUGUAGACAUGUUUAUGGACUGUGAAAGGCGGAAUUUCGUCAUCCAGGCUUACCAUAGAGACUUGUUAGAGCAGAGGAAAGCACUUGCCGCUCUGCGACAGCCUCCACCAUUAAUGCUGAUGAAAGAAUCACCGAGUAAACCUGCUCCCCAGAUUGGAGUUCCAAGAUCUCCAUUGAAGAAACUCCCUGUUAAGCACAGGAAGUCUGGUUCUAGAAGACAUCGCCCAAAGGCUGUUAAUUCAAAAGACCAGUUGAAUAUCACAGGUCUAUCUUAGUAUACUGUAGAGCUUCUCGCGGUGAACAAUAAGUUGUACUUUUUUUUUUUUGGUCGAAAAUCAUUGUUCUCCAUUCAUUUUUGAUGUAAAUAACCCAUUGAAAAAUAAAGUAUUAUUUGAGCUCUCUGCUUCGCAUAAAAACUAUAUGUAUCAAAUUUUGUUUAAGAUCCGCUCAUUUUUCCAUUUUA